GCAGGAGGGAGGGCGGCCCCGGCAGCGCCGCGAUCAGGUGGCAGCGCCGCGACGGAGCCGGCAGCCGGCGGAUAAAAGUGCUGCCCGCCGCCGCGGGACGGCCGCCACGGAGCCGAGCCGAGCCGCGCCGCAAAGGAGCCGAGCUCAGGGCAGGACACACUCCACGGGACAUCCCAGCUGCAGCAGCCCACCGCGUCCGGGUGCCAGUCGGUGACUUGGACCAGUUUGUUUCAGAGCUGACUAAGCGGUGGAAGCUCUCGCUGUCCUAGCGCUGCCAGGCCAGACAAUCCUUCCCUUGGCUGAAGAUCCCGUUGGAUCCCUUCCCAUAAUGGAAGUGUGAGUGCCAAGAUCCUCCAUGACCUCCAGAAGCCACAACUCCUUACCGAGAACUCUGAUGGCUCCACGAAUGCUCUCUGAAGGUGCCCUCGGGGGCAUCGCCCAAAUCACCCCCUCGCUGUACCUGAGCCGGGGCAGCGUCGCCUCCAACCGGCACCUGCUCCUGUCCCGGGGGAUCACCUGCAUAAUCAACGCAACCAUCGAGAUUCCCAACUUCAACUGGCCCCAGUUCGAAUACGUGAAAGUGCCUUUGGCUGACAUGCCCAACGCCCCCAUCUCCCUGUACUUCGACAGCGUCGCCGACAAGAUAAACAGCGUGGCGCGGAAGCACGGGGCCACCCUAGUCCACUGCGCGGCCGGCGUGAGCAGGUCGGCCACGCUGUGCAUCGCCUACCUGAUGAAGUACCACAAGGUGUCCCUGUUCGAGGCAUACAACUGGGUCAAAUCGAGGCGCCCCGUUAUACGCCCCAACGUGGGCUUCUGGAGGCAACUGAUAGACUACGAGAGGAAGCUGUUUGGGAAGACGACGGUUAAAAUGGUACAGACACCAUAUGGCAUCAUCCCAGACGUUUAUGAGAGAGAGAGGAGACCCCUGAUGCCUUACUGGGGAAUUUAAUGGGACUGCAGACAGGAAGCACAACAGAAGGGACACGCUGUUCUGAGUCGGCCAGACUGGAGACAUUCCCUUCUCUUUCUACAGCCAACUUUGGUUCUUUACCAUACAGCAGAACCUCAACUGAUUCUCACCUCACUAACCUGCAAGGCCAACGGUUCCCUUCGACGCAUUUCUCUCUACAGGGAUUCCCCAUCCAUAUUUCUCUGAUUUAGCAGAACGAGGUCUCCUUAUAAGUUUAUUCUCCUUUCAUAAACCUUCCCUCUCUUUUUAGUCAGUUUAUUAGUAUCCUACGAGGAAAGGCCUAAAAGGCAUUUGGCAGAGUUGAUGAACAAAGUGCGCUUUGUGAUGCGGUAGCCUGGAUAUUUCUUUAAUAGCUUGUUUGCUUCCUUGCAAAAUCCUGUAGUGGCUAGGGAGCGGCACUAGCACAGACCGAGGAAAGUCCUGCUGCAAGGCAGGGGGUUUUACCAAGAGCCAGGAAGGAAGGAGUGGAGUUGUGUUGCUAGUGCCGGUGUUUUCUUUAACAGCUGUAGUGACUCUCAGUAUAUAGUGUUUGAGAUCUUUAGUCAGCUCUUAAUCUGUAUUAAAAGUCAAAAAGAGUGAAGUCAGUCCGUGUCAGCCACAAGUAAAAUAAAAUCUGAAAGAUUGGAAUCAAAAUAAACACAAAGUCCUUUUUCACUCAUUCCAUGCCAGGGCAAUAGUCCUGGAAUACACUUACACUUCUGAAAAAUACUGGUGUUUUUUGUGGGUGGAAAGUAAACAGAAUUUGUCCGUGUGUGGCUCAAGACAGAUGUGGGAGGUUAACCCUUCCUGCACUGACCAGCCAAAGAAACGUUUAGGAAACUGUGUGCAUGGCCACCUUCCAAAAGGGCUGAGCUGUGUUUUCUAAUAUUCAAUCAACCAGUAAAUUGGAAGUAGGUAAAUCCACUUGAUUACUUAGCUCUAAGUACGGUCGUGAUCUGCCUUAGCCCAUUUCUAAAACACUUCAUUAUGUCCUCAAGGUUAUGUUGCAUUCUAGAAUUAUUCUGCACAAAAAGGCGAUCUGUGAAACCUCCCAGACGAGGAUGGCUUUAUGGAGAAGGCUUUGCCUUGUUCUGUUCGCGAUGAGAAAGAUUCCAACCUGAGAAGUGGGAGAAACCUUCCCGUGGUGUAGCCCCUGCGAGCCAAACAUCGCUCCUCUCCCCGCGGAUAGCGGGGACCGGGUUUCGUUAACACAUCACCAGGAGAACAAAGCAAGCCCCUUCCUCAGUGGGACGUUUGUGUCCUCUGCUGCAUCUCAGGAGGAGGAGUACGCAGAUUGCUGGAUGCUGAGAUAGCUAUCUGAUUUAAAUGAGAUUCUAUACUUGUAAAAAAAAAAUCAAUAAAGAUUAAACAAGAACA